GGGAAGCGAAAGCGGCCGCCGGCGUGAGCCGGGCCGGGCGGGAUGUACACGGCGGGGCUCGCUCCCUUCUACGCCUCCAACUUCAGCCUCUGGUCGGCGGCGUACUGCUCCCCGGCCGGCGCGGCCCCGCCCGGCGCGCCCCCGCCCGCGCCCGCGCCCGCGCCCGCGCCCUGCGGCUCCUUCGGCCCGGAGCCCGGCGCCGCCAAGAAGCCGUCCUUCUGCAUCGCCGACCUCCUGCAGGCGGGCGGCGGGGAGGCCGGGCCGCCGGGCGAGGGGCUCCCCGCGCCGCCCCGCGCCGCCUUCCCGCACGCCCCCGCCGCCGCCGCCGCCGCCUCCUCCUCCUCCUCCUCCUCCUCCCCGCUGCGCCCCACCCCGCUCGUCGCCCCCGCCGACGCCCCCGCCGCCGCCUUCCCCGCCCGCCUCUCCCCGCUGGCCGCCGCCGCCGCCUAUCACCAUCCCCACCACCACCAUCCCCACCCGCCCCCGCACCGGCCCCACCAUCCGCCCCCUCGCCCGCCGCCCCCGCAGCCCCGGCCCAACGCCCCGGCCCCCGGACAGCCCCCCGCCCCCGCCAGCAAGGACCUCAAAUUCGGCAUCGACCGCAUCCUCUCCGCCGAAUUCGACCCCAAGGUCAAGGAGGGCAACACCCUGAGAGAUCUCACUUCCUUACUAACCACCAGCCGACAAACCGGGGUUCACCUCCCUGCCCUGCAACCCGCCGCCGGCCAGUUCUUCGCGUCUCUAGAUCCCAUUAACGAGGCCUCUGCUCUCCUGGGUCCCUUAAACACAACCCCGAGAAGUUCAGUGCAGCACCAGUUUCAAGACACUUUUCCAGGUCCUUACGCCGUUCUAACUAAAGACACAAUGCCUCAGACGUAUAAAAGGAAGCGCUCCUGGUCCCGGGCUGUUUUUUCUAACCUGCAGAGGAAAGGUUUGGAGAAAAGAUUCGAAAUUCAGAAAUAUGUCACCAAGCCGGACAGAAAACAGCUGGCCGCGAUGCUGGGUCUUACAGACGCUCAAGUGAAGGUCUGGUUCCAGAACCGGCGGAUGAAGUGGCGGCACUCGAAGGAAGCCCAGGCGCAGAAGGACAAGGACAAGGAGCCGGCGGAAAAGCCGGGCGGCGGGGGCCCGACGGCGGGCGGCGAGCGGGAGGAGCGGAGCCCCGGCCGGUCCGACGGCGACAGCGACACCAGCGACCCCGAGUCCCUCGACCUGGCGCCCAGCGACUCGGAAAGGACUGAGGGGCCCGAGCCGCCCUUGCACCAGACCAGCGUCAUCAAGUCCUCCUCGUCCUCGUCCUCCUCCUCCUCUUCGUCCUCCUCGCCCUCCUCUUCGUCCUCGUCCUCGUCGUCCGGGCCGGCCUGCACCCCCGGCCCCCCCAGCUGCGGCCCGGAGCUCGGCCGGACCCCAACCCCGCCCGCAGCCCAAACCGAGACCCCGCAGCCGCCCCCGCCCCAAACGCCCGCCUUGUAGGGAGCCCGGACGGGACGGGACCGGACCGGACCCGGGCAGGACCGGACCCGGGCAGGACGGGGACCCGGGCAGGACCGGACCCGGGCAGGACCGGGCCUCGGGCGGGACCGGCCACAGGCGGGCCGCGGGCAGGACCGGUCAACGGACGGGCCGGGCCACAGAGGGGAAGGAAGGGGCCGAGCUGGCCGCCCACAGCCCGGCCCCCGGCCCCCGGCCCCCGCCAGCCCGGACUCUUGCUAAUUUAUAUCUCGGACGGACCGGCUCCCUGGACUUCAGCCCGCAGCCCGGCGGGCCUCCGGGCCGUCGUGGGCCGGAGAGUCCCGGGUCCGCGGGAUCUCUUUUGUACAUAGACCCUCUCCCUCCGUCUCCUCCGCCGCGGGGCCGGGCCCAGGGGCUCCGGAGGGGGGAUGGGGGAGACCCCCAGGCAGAUGCUGGCUCCCCGCCCCCCUCUAAACCAAACCUUUCCGCAACAACUCUCACUGUGAACUGCCCCGGCGCCCGACCGCUGGCGUCGCUUUCUAAACUCCGGCCAACACGUUGCUGCACUGAGGAAAACCAAAUCCCUGUAAAUAAAAUGUUUAUUACGGUUUGUAAA